GGGAACCGGACCUGAAAUAUGGGCGCCAUUUUGUUGUUGAUGUUAGCUCUGACGGCGACAACGCAGGCAGUGGACAUCAACAUAUUAACUACGCCGGCGCUGCAGGCGCGACUGGAAAACAACCCUUAUGGAGGACUCAACUUAAUACUUAAACGAAAGGGUUUAUCGGAAGUGGUAGCAGUCAUCGGGCGACGCACAGGGGCGAUCAAAGACGUGGUCCAAGAUGGUGACGUGGUCAUCCAGUUUGCCAACGACACGUCCAUAAGAGUGUCAGUGGAGGCGGCGGCAGGGGGACAGAUACUUACUAUCACUUGGGAGGCGCCUAAGACUAUGAGGCUUGAAGAUUGCAUUAAUUUAGGCUCGCGGCAUUGGUACGGCGGUCCCCAGCAGAAGCGCCAGUACUGGCCGAUAGAACGUCUCACGCUCGUCGACUAUUCCUACGUCACGAAAGAAGCCGACAACUGCGGCAUCGCCGAGCCCUACUGGCUCAACUCCGAAGGCAUCUUCUACUAUUUCGACAAGAAAGUCCCCUUAUUCGUCGACCAGAACGACUUAGAAAAAAACGCUGCCUGCUUCGUAGCACAAGUCAAACCUCCUUAUUCAAGCAAGCGAGAGAGAAACGAGCUCGUAUACGCUGUAGGAAUCUUUGAUGACGUCAGAAAGGCACAUGAAUACGCAGUUGGAAAGUAUCUUGGUAAACCUAGCGGCGUACCUGAUCCAUUAAUGAUUAAAUAUCCAAUUUGGUCGACUUGGGCAAGGUACAAGACUAAUGUAGACCAUGAAACGGUGCUGAAAUUCGCUGAUGAGAUCAAUAGUUACGGAUUCCCUAAUAGCCAGUUGGAGAUUGAUGAUCUUUGGGAGACUUGCUACGGGUCCCAGACAGUGGAUGUGGAUAGGUUCCCGAAUAUGAAGAAUACGGUGCAGAUGCUGAAGGCGAAGGGAUUCAGGGUGACGCUUUGGACGCAUCCGUUCAUCAAUAAGGGGUGUGAGCCGUGGUAUACAGAAGCGCGUAACAAGGGCUACCUGGUCUUCUCCGAAUACGGCUCCGUGGAGACGAGCUGGUGGAACGACAACGAGACGACGACAGCAUACAUCGACUUCACCAAGCCAGAAGCGAGGAACUGGCACAUUAGGCGGCUGAAGAGUCUUCAGAACGCUUAUGGCUUUGACAGCUAUAAGUUUGAUGGAGGGGAGUCGGAUUGGGCACCGCAGAUUCCGGUACUAAAGGGCGACAUUCGCGACCAACCCGGCGUGAUCACCGCCGAUUAUGUUCGAGCCGCCGCCAUGUUUGGGCCCAUCACCGAAGUCCGAGCUGGUUACAGGACGCAAGACCUCCCGAUCUUCGUGCGCAUGAUCGACAAGGACACAUAUUGGACGUUCGAGAAUGGACUCCCUACACUCAUCACGACGUUGUUACAGAUGAAUAUCAAUGGCUACCCUCUCGUAUUACCUGACAUGAUUGGAGGAAACGGGUAUAACGAGGCUCCUACCAAAGAGCUGUUCAUCAGGUGGCUUCAAGCCAACACGUUUAUGCCGAGCAUGCAGUUCUCAUACGUGCCGUGGGACUUUGACAACGAGACGAUAGCAAUAAGCAAGAAGUUUGUCCAGCUGCACGCCAAAUACUCGGAGCAGAUCGUGGCCGCGUGCGCCCGCGCCGCGCAGACCGGCGCGCCCGUCAACCCGCCCGUGUGGUGGGUCGACCCCACCGACACCACCGCGCAUGACAUAUGGGACGAAUACCUUCUCGGUGAGACCAUACUAGUAGCACCCGUGGUAGAACGGGGCUCCACUGAAAGAGACGUAUAUCUCCCUGCCGGUACCUGGUUGGAGCAAGGAGACCCCAAACGGAGGCUGCAGGGAGGCGACUGGAUACGCAACUACCCUGCUCCGUUAAACACACUACCCUAUUUCGUUAGAGCUUAACGGACACCGCAUUCAUAUAUUAUAUUUGCCCAAGACCUUCGCAACGGAGGCCUUAACUUCAUCAAAGGAGAGACCGUGUUAAUGCCCACUCCUUUCCGUAUUCCUUGAAGCCCAAGAAGCAAAACAUUUUGUAUUUAAUAUAAACUUCAAGUAGCAAAUCUUCUGGCAGUUGAUGUAAAUUCAAAUAUACUUACUCUUAAUCAUGUCGCGCGAUUGACUCAAAACUAGUGAGUGACACCAGGGGCGGCUCACUCUGCGAUUCUAUCGCCGCGUUACAAGUACAUGCCGGUGGCCGCGGGUUCGCGGCCCAUUCAGUGGUGACGACCUUCGUGCGGCGCAUUAGAAUUCAAUGUCGGGUGCUCGCGAGCGGACCGUUUGUUAAUGUAGAUAAGAAUUUAGAAUGGCGGCAUUUUGUGAACAUCAAAGGAGUGAGCCUUCUGUACUUUUACCUACUCUGUGGUGACACAUUAAAUUCGAUUCAUAGGAUAAAUGUCGGAAAUAAUUUUAGAUUUUGAGAUUUAUAAUUAUCUAGUAAAGAAUUUACUUAUAUAAGUCAGUGUAAAAUACAAAAAAGACAUACCUACCGCUAUAAAUCUAGCACAUCAGGCCCCGUAGCCGAAUGGCAUUUCUGCGACGCGAAACGAAAACGAAACGCCGCGAAAGAUAGUCUGGCUCUGUCACGCCAAUACGCAAGAGCGAUAGAGAUAGAUAUCUACGAGCGUUUCGUUUCGUGAGCGUUUGUGCAUUCAGCUACGAAAACUGUUAAGAACAAAGGUCCAAAAUAUUUUCAUAGAUUGCUGGACUGCCUACUUCUGUAGACGAUAAUAUAAUGUUUAAAUCCUAUAUUACUUCCUUUACAAAUAAUAUUAAUCGGAUUAUUAUCAAUUGAUCAUGCAUAACAGAUAAAUAAUAUACGUACUAGAUAUUAGAGUAAUAAGUAGAUUACGAAGCAGUAAACGCUUAAAUGUAACAUAUUAGUUGAUUUUUAAACUUACUAUUCAUUAGAUCUUUAGCAUUAAAGUAUUUAUUACUGCA